GUCGUGUCGAAAGCAUAUAGCGCCACGAAAUGUGGCAGUGGCACCGUUACUUAGCUAUCACACCACCUUUCCCUUUCCAGUUUCCAAUUUCCCAGAGCCUCAAUGAAGUUACAACUUAACUUGCUCAUAAUUGUGGUCGUGGUGAUUACACUACAAACACACCGAGACACGAAAGGGAAUAAAAACAAAAAAGUAAUAGAAGAUUAGAAGCUCAAGAUAUUUAUUGCUUUAUUUGUUUGACAAGUUGUUCAAAAUAGUUUGGGCGAUAAUUAAUUCAGCAACUCCGAAGGGGACAAAAUAAAGGACAAUGCUUAGUGUGUGAAAGAAAGAAAAAAGAAAGAAAAAAAAAAGAAAUUAUGAAAUAUUAUUCUCACUCUCUCCGUUCUAGUUCCAGUGUUAUUAGUUCUUGAAAAACUGAAACCGUACGGAUAAUCUUGCAGAUCCAAAGCAGAUCCUUUCUUCAUAAGGAAACCAGCGUGACAAUUUCGCUAUCUGAGUUCGCGAGUUAGUUUUGGUGGAUUGUUGUCUGUCUAAUUAGCAAGAAAGCAUUUGAUUUUUCUUUGCAUGCCAAAUUUUCCUGGAUAUAUGUUACGAUUCAGUGAUUUCUUUGAAAUAAGAGUCUGAAUUUUAGAAAUCGAAGAAAAUUAGCAUGUUGGUGAUGCUUGCUAUGGGACAUGUUCGCAAUUCAACUCCCUGAUCUGUAAAAACUAAUUACUUUUGUGAUGGACAAGAGGGGGAAGAAUGUUGGCAGCAACAAAAGAGUAGAGUCCAGCAGCAGAGUUGAUGUUAACAGCAGCAGGGUUGAUGUUAGCAGCAAUGAAAGAGUAGAGUUCAGCAGCAGAGUUGAUGUUAAUAGCAAUGACCUGCACACACAGAAACACGUGCAGUUAGUUAGAACUAUCAAGCCAAAUUAGCAAAGUUGUUAGAAAGAUGUCCAUCCAUUAGAAAGUACAAAAUCAGUGAACAAGAUAAGAAGUAAUGGCAUCUGCAGAAGCUCGGGCUGCUUUUGCAGUUAAGCGUCAGUUUACUACCCAGGAUUUGAGAAUGCCUCCUGAUUCCUCUGACCAUCAUCCAUCUUCAAUUUCAAAAGGUUUGGAAUCUGAUUGGUCUCCGAGUGAGUCCAAUUCAAGUCAAGUGCUCCAUGAUCGAAAUUCUGAUAAGUUGCCGGAUAUGAAAUGGUGGCUGCAUGUGAAAACCAAUGUGGGGGGAGAAGCGAAUUAUAGGUGCCAACAUCAGAAUUCUUGGGAAUCUGAGCUUGAUGCUUUGUGCUCACGGUUUGUUGAUGCUGAUGUCAAAAGUGGGGGAGAUCAAUCUGUCAAAAGCUUUGAUACUCUUUCAUGUGUUGAAAGUGCUAAUUCAAGCUCAGAGCAGCCUUGGAAUGUCUCUCAUAAAUGCAUGACAAAAAGCAAUGAUACGAAACUCCCAAAAAUUGAGGCUGCUCGGAAAAAUGACUUACAUUUAACACCUAAAAUGAUGGGUCAGGAGGACUUCUGGAUUUUCGAUGAUCAUUUUGUGGACUGCAGUGCUGAUUCCUUUGUCGUUGAACAAUGUAAAAGGACAUCGUCUGAUCUGGAAUCGCAAUGGAUGGGAGCCGAGAAAACUAGGCCUUGGUGGUGUAAUGCUGGAAAAGAUGAGUUGGGUUCAUUGAUUUCUCAGAAGUCACUAGAGGAAACUGAGAACUGUGAUCUCCCUCAGCCGCAGAUUAAGCAUUUAAGUGAUAGACCAUCCCCUAAAAGCAACCGUGUUGAUUUUCAUAAGAGUCUUCCAUCAUCCUUAGAUCAGAAAGCCAUGAUGGAUUCUUCUAUUGCAAAUGAUUAUACAUCUGGAAUGCUGAAUUCUGGCUGUUCAUUUCAGGAUUCAGAAAGAGCUCUCAGUUUGCAUAUCUCCAGUUCCAGCCAGGGCAAAGAUUCUGAUUCAUGUGACAAUGAUGACCGAACAAUUUCCAAGGACAAUCACAAGGCGGAGCUAUUAAAAGCAUUGUGUCAUUCUCAAACGCGCGCAAGAGAGGCUGAAAUGGCAGCACAACAAGCCUACAUCGAGAAGGAGCACAUCGUGAGCCUCUUUUUCAGACAGGCUUCGCAGCUCUUUGCUUACAAGCAAUGGCUCCACAUGCUUCAGCUCGAGAAUCUCUGCCUUCAACUCAGGAACAAGAACCAACCAUUGUUGAAUCUCCUCCCAGAUGUUAAGAAGAGUUAUCACAGAGGUGCAAAGAGGAAAAUCAGAAGAUGUGGGGUUAGAAAUUGUGCAUUUGCUUUUGCUUUGGGAUUAAGUCUUGUUGGUGCUGGUUUUUUUCUUGGUUGGACCUUAGGGUGGAUGUUCCCACUAAUAUGAAUUGCAUUCUCCUGUGCUUCAUAGUUCAUACUAAUACUAGAUAGGUUCUUUUGUGCUUAUAAAGAUCCAAAGAAAUGUAUUUAUGUGUGUGUGUGUGUGUAUAUAUAUGGUGGUGCUGUCUGUGAUUUCCAUUAUAUGUAAAAUAUUCUUUAUCAAUGCAGACUUAAUAGUUGUAUACAAUACAGAGGAUAGUGUACCAAAAUUCGAUUAGAAAUGUAUAUUAUGUGGCUUCAGAGUUCAGACUUUAAUUGGAUAUG